AUGUCACAAGACCUACAAGUCAAUCUAUCCAAUGGCGAGACCCACACCAUAAGCAAGGUCUUCUACUACGCUAAACCAACCUCGGACACCAUCCAGUUCUUCUCGGCAGUACACAGAGGAUCAUGCCAGGAAACUACGAAUGCAGGACUAACAUUGGCAGCGCAAGUGGAAAAGAAGAUAACAGAGAGCGGAAGGUACGCUCCUCAUGAAGAAUCAGCUAAAUAUUUCGCAAAACAGAUGAUCUCGACCUCUCUGGACCAAUUGAUCGAGAUGAGCCAAAAUGUCAGAGCUCCUGUGCUCAUUUUAGCUGCUGAUUCAUCCGAGGUGGAGGAGUCGAUGGACACCAUCAGAGAUGCUGGCGUGUACGUUUCACCUGCUAGCGACGUGUCAGAAGAGAAAUUACGGGAAAUGGAUGACUUCGCGCAAGAGUUGAAGAAACCCGAACAUAUCUGGAUAUGUUCAGCAACUCAAGCGGCAACAGAAGUAUAUCCUGGUAUGAACAUCGUGUCGAUGGACUGGGAGAACUUCAAGGAGUUGGAAAGACAUGGAUUGAUCACACAAUUCAGUAAGGAACAAUCGCUCAAGGAUAGGUUGAGAAGUUGGAAACUGCCACUCAUUGUGGCAGCUACAGCAGCUGUGUUGAGACCAUAA